GUGGUGUCAGAGUGGCACAGUGUAUGAAGGCAGGAUGGCUGUGAGCUCCGGGGGGCAUGCUGCCAUGGUGACGGGCCCCCGGGAGUGACACCAGACAUGGCUUUCUCCAGGGCCGGCCAGCCUCAGCUCAUCCGCAGCUGCCAGAAGGAUGAGCAGUUCCAGGGCUGCCUGCGGGGCCCGGCCCAUGAGGCCUGCCAGGCGUUUGCAGGUGCUAAAACAUGGCUGCAGUGGAGAAAGGAAAUUGAACUGCUGUGUGGCGUUGCUUAUUAUACCAUAACAACCUUUUCAGGUUACCAAACACUUGGUGAAGAAUAUGUUAAUAUCCUCCAAGUUGAUUCUUCAAAGAGGAAGAUUCCAUCCGUGUUUCAGAGAGCACUACUCAUAUGUUGCCAUACAUUAUAUCCUUACCUGUUGGAGAAGGAGCUAGUACGCUUUGAACAUGAGCUCCAGAAUGAAAUGGAUGGAGUCCGUGUGUCGCACAGUAGCCUUAGUUAUGUAUCCUAUAGGAGCUCCUGGAUUGGGAAGAAGCUUCAUCGAAAAGUUUCUGCUCUAUCAGAGCAGCAGAAAAAGACUUUGGUAAAGGCAGUCUAUGUUUUUCGUCAGAGCAUUGUCUUCCUGAGAAGGUUACACCUUGCCGUAUUCUACUUGAAAGGCACUUUCUACCACAUUGCCAAACGCAUAGCUGGAAUUCAUUACAUUCGCAUCCGGGGAUCACUUGGAGAUGAGCAGCUUGUGCAAAAGAGUUACAACCUUCUUGGUGCAGUGUCCCUGAUUCAUCUCGCUCUUCUGCUCGGAGUUCAGCUACAUAACUUUCAACGGAAGCAGGAGGCCCAACAAAAGUUGAAACUCCACCGCCGAAUGUCCUACCAAAGGGCACCAGCACAUGAAAAGACAUAUCAGCGGCCUUCAAAAUGCACACUAUGUUUAGGGGCGCGCAAGCACAGCACAGCUACACCAUGUGGCCACUUGUUCUGCUGGGAGUGCAUCACUGAGUGGUGUAACACUAAGGCUGAAUGUCCAUUAUGCAGAGAGAAGUUUCAUCCGCAAAAACUUGUCUACUUGCGCCAUUAUCGAUGAUCUUCUGGAAUGUGCCACAAGUUCAAGGGCUUCGAGAACUGUCUUCCAAUGCAGUUUUGUUUCUGAGACUUUAGGAGAAUGUGUGUCUUGUAUUCAGUGUGUUCUGAAAAAUUACCUUUUGGCCAAAUUACGAGUUUGUUUACAAAACGUUUGCUGCAAGAUAUUAUUGCCAUAAAGUCUUGCAAUACUGGAGUAUUUUAGUAAUAGAUACGUAUCUAAUUAUUCUGGCUGUGAAGGUUUUUGCAUCGUUCAUGGCUAUACCAGUAUCACGUGACUCUCCAAAUCAAUGAGACACUGGAUUGUAGUGAUACUGGUUUGCACCUGAGGGCACAGUUUGCAAGUCAAUCACAGUGGGUAGUGUUCUUGGUGUUGUGUUUUUGCUCCAUGGUUUUUUUGUUUUGUUUGUCUUCUCCUUUCCAGUCUCCAAACUUUAAGUGAAGCUCCAUUGUCAUUUCAGUGGUUUGAUACAUUUCAGUGUAGCAACAGAUUCACAGUUAUACAGAACCUUUAAGUAGGCACUCUUGUCUCCUUGACCAGUUGUGUUUUUGUAGAGGUGCAUAGAGUCUUUGUGUGCUGUCCCUCCAGUUCAUGUUAAACUGUCUUCAAGUGGUUUAGUAUAGAUCAGGUGCCUGAAGCCUGGCCCCCCUGCAGCUUGAGUAAUGCGGAAAUGAGCUUCUGCGUUAGCAGUCCAACUUUGGAUUGUAAUGGUAGGCUUAGAGCUGUUUAGCACAGCACUCUCAGACUAUAUAUGCUGUUCAAUAAUAGAGAAAAGGUCCAGGCACUCCAAUAGCUUCAGGCCCAAUUAUUAGAACAAAUUGAAUACAGCAACGUUUCGACCCAAAUUUGGGUCUAUGUCAAGCUACUUCACACCCAACAAUACUGACAUUUUUAUAGGCAGAAAAUAGCGAAAGAUACAAUCAAUCAAAUGAUCAAUAAAUUAGUUCAAUGAGAAAAAUAAAAAUAAUUUGCUAAUCCUCUUUGGCACUCUCCUUCCUAUCCUAUUUUCUGACUAUAAAACGUUUGUAUUGUUGGGUGUGAAGUAGCUUGACAAAGACACAAUUUUGUGUUGAAACGUUGCUGUGUUCGUUUUGUUCUCAUAAACGUGCCUGAAGCUAUUGGAGUACCUGGGCCUCUUCCUUAAUAUUGAAAUUUCUGUUUGGGGGGGAUUGUGCUGACCCAUGGUCUGGUUUAACACCCGUAGCCUAUGUGAAUUGAGUGCGGUUCCUAUUUGGUAUAUUUGCUGUCCAGUCGUAAGAAAGCUACUGUGGAAGUUCACUUUUAUUUACAUGAAUGAUUUUGUCUACAUAGGAUUUGAAUAAGUGAUGACCAUAAUGAGUUACGGUCCAAUUAGCAGUAAUUUAACGUGUUGACAGAAUUAUAUUGAACUAUAAAUUAAUACUACACGUAAACACAGUCACGGCGCGUUUGGUGUU